AUAAUAGCUGAAUGACAAUUUGAAGCAACGACCUCCAUUCAACCUUUCGGCUGCCACUUCGCCACUUUGCAGAACUCAAAGUGAAUAAUAAAGUUGAAGCUGCAGUCUCUUUCAACACCGCUACAUCUACAAAAUGACCACCUACUUCAACUACCCAUCCAAGGAAUUGCAGGAGGAGCUUAGCCGCAUUGCGCGCGCUAUUGUCGCUCCCGGCAAGGGUAUUCUCGCUGCUGAUGAGUCCGUCUCCACCAUGGGCAAGCGUUUGCAGGAUAUUGGUGUUGAAAAUACCGAUGAACACCGUCGUCUAUACCGUCAGCUGUUGUUCUCUACUGACCCAAAGGUCGCUGAGAAUAUUUCCGGUGUGAUUUUGUUCCACGAGACUUUGUACCAGAAGGCCGAUGAUGGCACUCCAUUCGUUGAAUUGUUGAAGAAGCGCGGCAUCAUUCCCGGCAUUAAGGUCGACAAGGGUGUUGUGCCAUUGUUCGGCUCCGAAGACGAGUGCACCACACAGGGUUUGGAUGAUUUGGCUGCCCGUUGCGCCCAAUACAAGAAGGACGGUUGCGACUUCGCCAAGUGGCGUUGUGUCUUGAAGAUUGGCAAGAACACACCUUCCUACCAAUCUAUCUUGGAGAAUGCCAAUGUUUUGGCACGCUAUGCCUCCAUCUGCCAAUCGCAGCGUAUCGUACCAAUUGUUGAACCCGAAGUGUUGCCCGAUGGUGAUCAUGACUUGGAUCGCGCACAAAAAGUUACCGAAACUGUAUUGGCUGCUGUCUACAAAGCUUUGAAUGAUCAUCAUGUCUACUUGGAGGGUACCUUAUUGAAGCCCAACAUGGUGACAGCUGGUCAAUCAUGCGCCAAGAAGUACACUCCUGAUCAAGUGGCGCUCGCCACCGUCGAAGCUCUGCGCAGAACUGUGCCAGCUGCUGUGCCCGGCAUCACCUUCUUGUCUGGUGGUCAAUCUGAGGAGGAAGCUUCCGUGCACUUGAAUGCCAUCAACAAUGUGCCAUUGUUGAAACCAUGGGCUCUGACCUUCUCUUACGGUCGUGCUCUGCAAGCUUCCGUCUUGCGCGCAUGGGGAGGCAAAAAAGACAAUGUAUCCGCUGGUCAAAACGAGCUGUUGAAGCGCGCGAAGGCCAACGGUGAAUCUGCUGUGGGCAAAUAUGUUGCCGGCAGUGUGGUCGGUGCUGGUGCUGAUGCAGCACUCUUCAUUGCCAACCAUGCCUAUUAAACAAAAGCAACAAUAGCAUAAAAAGCACAAAAUAGGAGAGUUCAUGGUGGCAAAAGCCAUGAGGAGGUGCUCUAUAAGAGAAAACACAGGCUUAACUAAAUUAUAAUGAGAUGGAUUAUUGUUUGCAAUUUAUUUAUUAAGGAUAAAGCGAAGUGACAAAGGUAACAACAAAAGCAACAACAAUAAAAAUAAACAAAUAUGCCCUACUAUAAAUUAGUAGAAAUUCAACCAAAGCCGUGCAAGAACUAGUGGAGCAGAGAGUGAAAAUAACAACAAAUUCAAGAAAA